AUUCAACAUUCCCUUUAUUUUUCGACAAUGAGCCAUCAUCAGCGCCCUACGCUGGUUCUGGCUCCAUCUGUGAACACAACAACGUAUGUUUUCCUUGAAAAAUAUAUAUCUCUGGAGGGACAUUGACCUGUUUAUGCAGCGUCGUCACGACCACGACAACAACUACAACAUACGCGCCAAUUCCCCUUCCUGCACUCCCGCCCCCUUCCGAACCCAAAUAUUCUAAAGGCUUUCCUUUAUUGCGGGCUCACCUUCCGAGCUCAUUAAGACGCUUUCCUUUAGUAUUUCCAGGCGGUGCUCGUGCCACAUUCCGCGAUGGAGAGGAGGGUGAGGACGAAAUGCAGGAGGAGGAUGCCGUUGCUAGUGGCAAGGGGUGGCGGAUGCUGAAGCCAGAGGAAGGAGGCGACAAUGGGAAGGUCAUUGGUCUCACAGAGGCUGUUGAACGGUACGGCAGAAAACGCUCGCACGGAUCAGACAAUAUGAUGGAAGGCGUCGAGUCCACACACGAUCUUGAAACAAACACCCCUCCUCGCAAGAAAGCAAGAGCCACACAUCUACCGCAACUAUCAACACUCAAUGCAGCAGCACCCCCUUCUCCUUUACCGUCUCCCCACGGCUCUCCACCGCCCCAGUGCAUCUGGCCUUCAGCACCGCCAAGUGGGGCAUCUUCACCCCAACCUCAGGCACCGUUACAGCCUGACCUUGCUUUAACGACUCUUUUGACGUUACCCUCGUUGCUUUCGCAUUUUAGUACCCUUCCACCACAGCUACAGUCUCAUUUUCUCUUGACUUUGCUUCGGCACUCUCCUUUACCCGUUCUGCGCACACUGCAUUCAGUGUUGACGCCGACAUUAGCGCGGGACUUUUUGACGCUAUUACCCCCGGAGCUGGUGUCCUUGGUCCUUAGCUAUCUACCAUAUUCAACUCUCACCCGCGCUUCUAGGGUAUCAAGGUCUUGGAGAGCAAUCGUCGAUUCUGAUCCUGUGCUGUGGCGAGACUUGUUAAAGAAUACUAAGAUCUGGUUCGGAGGUGACACAGAACGAGCUUUUGCUCAAUCCAUUUUUGCAAGACGGCAACAGGAGACCCAAGCGCAGCUCAUAUCACCUGUUGGAAAUCCGCUACCACUACCCCACCCGUACAAAAUGCUAUUCAAAUCACGACAUCUUACACGAACUCGCUGGGUGCACAACGAGGAACCCAAACAUCGAUCUUUUCCUGCUCAUGGGUCUUCGGUUGUGACAUGUCUUUUGUUCUCGCAUGGUCGCAUUAUAUCCGCGUCUGAUGAUCACUCGAUUCACGUCUAUUCACCUUUGACUGGAGAGCUGCUCCAAGCUUUAGAUGGACACGAAGGAGGAGUUUGGGCCAUGGCGGCAAGCAAGGAUACGUUAGUAACCGGAUCAACAGAUCGGACAGUGCGCAUUUGGGAUCUAUCUACUGGAAGAUGUACGCACAUAUUCGGAGGUCAUACAAGUACUGUGCGAUGUCUUGCCAUCGUAAAGCCAGAGUGGAUAGAUAUGGAGGACGAAAACGGCGUCGUCACGAAGGAGAAAUGGCCCAAGCGGUCUGUGAUUGUGACUGGCAGCCGUGAUCAUUCGUUGAGAGUCUGGACGUUACCACGACCUGGAGAUCCCGAGUACAGAUGUGACGGUGCAGAUGAUGUGGAAGCCGACCCAUCAGAGGAAAACCCAUAUCAUAAGAUACAUCUGGAAGGACACGACCAUGCUGUCCGCGCUCUUGCGGCUAGAGGUCGUACUUUAGUCUCUGGAAGUUACGAUUGCACCGUUCGAAUAUGGGAUAUCAUCACUGGUGACUGCAAAUGGGUUUUAGUCGGUCAUACUCAGAAAGUCUACAGCGUUGUGCUUGACCUCAGCCGCAAUCUAGCGUGUUCUGGAUCUAUGGAUGGGACCGUGAGGGUGUGGAAUCUCCGUAAUGGGCAAUGUCAGCACACACUAACGGGCCACACCUCUCUUGUUGGGCUUCUUGGCCUUUCUCCGUCUUAUCUUGUAUCUGCUGCUGCCGACUCGACGCUUCGAAUAUGGGAUCCGGAUACUGGCGAAUUGCGAAAUACUCUUGCAGCCCACACUGGUGCGAUCACUUGCUUUCAACACGACGAAUUUAAAGUCCUCAGUGGGUCUGAUGGCACACUGAAGAUGUGGGAUGUCCGCGAUGGCUCCGUGGUUCGGGAUCUAUUGACAGGCAUCAGUGGCGUAUGGCAGGUCGUCUUCGAGGGCCGAUGGUGUGUAGCUGCUAGCAAUCGUAAUCUUACUACUCAGUUGGACGUCUGGGACUUUGGUAAUGAUGACGAUGAUUGGGUGGGCGAGCCUCCAGGCGGUAUAUACGACGAUGGAACCGACGAUGAUGAAGACGAAGAAGAGAUCGAACAAGCGGAUGUAGAUGCCAUGGAUCAGGACCUCGAGGUCACACUCUCCGAUCCAGAGUCUGUGGAACCAGAGAGAGAGGUAGAGCGAGGAGGCAGUGCUGCUCCCGCGGACCGUCCAGCGGAUUCAGAGGAUGAGUUGAUGACUGAGGGUCGUAGGACGUCUCGAUGGGCACCUUCGGCUUCUCGCCCUACCACUCACCAGCGAGCUAGAGCUCUCCUAGGAGGAGAGUCAUCCAGAAGGGGCAAUGGCCUCCCUGCAGCUUCUUCUAGCACCAUACCAGCUCGUUUGCCGCUCAACGAUGAGACACCGACACGACCACGAAUAAAGACCUUGGCAAGGACAAGACGUUGAGAAUCGAAUACCUUUCCUAUCCUUUUUAUUCCACACUACUUUCUUAUCGCCUUUUGUCUUUUUGUGUGUUACAGUCUUGGGGCAUGUCAUCAUUUUUCGUAACUCAUUCAUCAUUUUUUAUUUUCCUUGUCAUGACUUCGGAAUGAAGAGCAAUUUGUCUAUAUGUCACUACAUUUGUCCUCUACCUGAUGUCAAAGUUGAUAAUUGUUGUGUUGGAACAUUGUAUCACUUAUGAAUGGGAACAUCAGAUUUUUCCAUUUGCACUAGUAGUUACUUUGAUACCCCCAUAAUUCACUAGUUGCGAGAGAGGGAGUGUCAUUUUCAACGAAACAAAUUUUACCUGAAACACUUGAAAGAGUAAGGAAACAACCACAUAAACGUACAAACUAAGAUCGCUGCAUUGAACUUAGUAGACUAAGAUACCUUGUUGUGAUGGAACGUGAGGCAAGCCUGGCAAAGUAUAUGCGCCCCAAAAAUCCGGAAGUGCGUUGUUUGACCACCAACAUACGAGCAUCAUCAUCCUUUCCUAGACCAGCUAUUGCCAUUAAGAGCACACUGCCCAUUCAAUGGCCCACAAUAUUUGCCACGAUAGUAAACUUGCGACGACAAUAACUCUAGUGUGAGCAGGAACAUCUUUACACCGCGAUCCACUUUUUGUGAUCAUAUAGUUCGGGCUUUGUAUAUUUUCAUAU